GCGUAUUCCUCUUUGGUUCAAAUUUUUCACUUAUUUUUCUCACUUUACCCGGUCGCAACUUGUGUAUUCCUUUCUGUUUGCAAGUAUCUGUUUUGGGGAUUCGUAAACCCCCUCCCAGGUGUGAGGGGGGCAGGUAGGAGGCAGUCUCUGCGAUUCUUUGAUUCAUUCAUCGAGGGGUUGUCGGUCGGGAUGCAGGAGGGGCGUGGUCUCCGAUGCGCAGCGGUCCCGUCCCCUGACUCAGCGGCUCCGGUGGGAGCCUGUCACUCAAGUGUCCCGCCCCUCUCCCUCCCAUCCUCCCUCCCUCCUCCUCGGCUCUCCCUCUCUCCCCCUGUGAAUCCCACCUCUAACACUUACUGGGCCCUCGGCAGGGAAAACAGAGGUACGAAUGGAGACCGAAGGGAGCCAGAGCAGCCUCUCCUCUCCGGAUUCCCCCCACGACCCUUGCAAAAUGUUCGUCGGGGGAUUGAGUUGGCAGACCACGCAAGAGGGUCUUAAGGAAUAUUUUAGCAAGUUCGGUGACGUGAAAGAGUGCAUGGUGAUGAGAGAUCCGGUUACAAAGAGGUCCAGAGGCUUCGGGUUCGUUACUUUCGUAGAUCAAGCAGGAGUUGACAAAGUCUUGGCUCAGGCUAGACACGAGUUGGACUCCAAAACUAUUGACCCAAAAGUGGCUUUCCCUCGCCGGGCUCAACCAAAGUUGGUGACCCGGACAAAGAAGAUAUUUGUAGGAGGCCUGUCGGUAAACACCACCAUUGAAGAUGUGAAGCAAUACUUUGACCAAUUUGGCAAGGUAGAUGAUGCAAUGUUGAUGUUCGACAAGACAACUAACAGACACAGAGGGUUUGGGUUUGUCACAUUUGAAAAUGAAGACGUAGUAGAAAAAGUCUGUGAAAUUCACUUCCAUGAAAUCAACAACAAAAUGGUAGAGUGCAAGAAGGCCCAGCCUAAGGAAGUAAUGUCACCAACUGGCUCAGCACGGGGUCGUUCACGAGUGAUGCCCUAUGGGAUGGAUGCCUUCAUGCUGGGCAUUGGCAUGCUAGGUUACCCAGGCUUCCAGGCAGCUACCUAUGCUAGCCGUGGAUAUACUGGCCUCACUCCAGGAUACACCUACCAGUUCCCUGAAUUCCAAUUAGAGAGGACCCCCCUUCUGACUUCACCCCACCCCCCUGAGAUGGCAGCCAUACCCCUGACAGCAUACGGCCCCAUGGCGGCAGCAGCAGCAGCAGCAGCAGUGGUGCGAGGAACAGGUUCAACUCCAACACGCACAGGGGGUUUUCUUGGAACCAGUAGCCCGGGCCCGAUGGCUGACCUUUAUGGAGCGGCCAAUCAAGAGUCUGGUGUCAGCAGUUACAUCAGCGCUGCAAGUCCUGCUCCCAGCACUGGAUUUGGGCAUAGCCUUGGGGGUCCUCUAAUUGCCACAGCCUUUACAAAUGGCUAUCAUUGAGGGGGGGAACGGCAGGUGCAAACUGAGCCAGGCUUCUUGUCAGCUGGUGAGAAGAUGGGGUUCAAUUGCUGCAGACCAAGGCAUUUUUUUUAAUUUGCUGCAUUCUUUUAACUGGCCCCAGCUUUCAAGAUGAAACCCACCGACCUGAAGAUCGCUCUGUUCGUGUACUAACGCUGUGUUUAUUUCUUCGACUUGUAUUUAUUUCUUUAGCUCCUAGUUUUUACGCUGCCUUCCCUUGUUGUACCUUGUUCGUUUGUUCAUUUUUCCCUUCAGCCUUUUAUUGUAGCGCCGCCUUUAGAAACAAGCAAAUUUCAGAUUUUUUUCCUAUAUUUUUGUGUUUAGAGUCUACUGAGAAUCUUCAUUUGUUUUGUUUUUUUUUUUUUGUUUUUUUUUUUUUUUCCCCUCCCGGAGUUGUUAAUUAUUUUAUUUCAACAGCCGAAACUAAAAAAUAUCUUGGUUCAUGAGACAGAGGGAGCAAAAAAGGAAAAAAAAUGAAAAGAAAAAAGAUUUGCUUAAAAAGGUUAUUUGGAUUUUGUUUUCUUUUGUAAAUGUCAGAUUUUAAAAUUUUUAAAGUCAAAUAUCAAAACAUCACUGUUGAACAAAAAUGUAUAUUUUGGUAGUUUUAAAAACACUAUGAUAAUCAAGAAAGUAUUUUUCCAGAAUUGGUUUAAACAUUUUUUCUGUAAAAUAUUGUAAAUAAUACAUACUGAAUUUGUAUCGGCUGGCUGCAAAGAAGUGGCCGAGCGUGCUAGUGUGAGACUUGUGGGCAGGCUUGGCACCUUCAGUAGACUUGGUGCCUAGUGGAAGCUGGGGGUCUACAGCAGGCUGAAGGCCUACAGCAAGCUUUUGGCUGAGUGCAGGCUUGAGGACUCAGAAGGGCCAAAAAUGUUGUGUGGUGUUGAGCGGGCCAAUGCUUGUGGCCUAAUGCUGCAGUCCAGUUUCUCAAAUAAGUUUGAUGAGCACUGUGGGAUGCAAGACUAAAAAGUGGCAUUGGCCCUGAUAGAGUAUCAAGGCCUGCAGGAUAUUGGGACUUUGUAGCCUGAUGUUGAAUUUAUGCUUAUAGUAACCUUGAGGCCUACCACGAACUUGAAGCCCAACAGCAAAUUGUCAACUUUGGGGGCCAACAUUUGGGAUUUUGGCCUGCUCUGAGUUUGAGCCUAUUGAGGAUUAAAGCCUACAGUAACCUUAGAGCUAGCAGAGGACUGAGAGGUACCUUAAGAUAUUGAGCCUGGCAGCAGGCUGCUGCUUACUCUUGAGUUGCUGUCCAUCUUGAAAUUAUUUCCUACUUUGGACUUGGCCUAGCCCGGAUGAUGUGGCCUCCUACUGAACUGCAGUUUACUAUGAUCUUGGAGCCUAGCAGCAGAAUGUGGCCUGUUAUAAUCUUUGGGGUUAGCAGCGAAUGAGACCUGCUAUAAAGCUGGAGCAUUGUGGCUUGCUGAAUCUUUAGGGAGUGGCUGGCUGGGGUGGGACUAUACUGGUAGCUAUGGUUCAUGGCAAGAGACUGAUGAUUUUUUUUGUUUGUAGGGCAUUAGGAUCCAUUAUGAAAUUGGAACCUUCAGUCUUGGAGGAUCUACCACACAUCAAAAACCUACAAUAGGCUUGUAGUGUGUUGAAGGUUAAUUAAUUCAUUAAAAGAUCUCAGGAUAGCUUGGAGGUCUUAUAGAGCACAGUGGGCUCAACAGCUAGUGUCCAUGGUUGUUGUUUUUGUUUUGUUUUUUUUAUUAUUUAUUGUUUUCCUUUUUUUUUUUUUUUUUUUUGCUGAGAUCUAUUGCAGGCUUCCAGUUUGCUAAUGAUCAGAAUGCUACAGGAGCUUUCUGAUGUCUCACACAGAUUGAAGACCUGCAGUGAACCGGUUGUCCAUGCAUGCUUGGAUGGCUUCAGCAGAUUGGAGAAUAAUGGAAAACUGUACAAUACUUUGAGCCUAAUACAUUAGGCUUCUGGUUGGACAGCAAGACUAAGGUUAGCAGUAGGCUUGCAGUCCAGCGGGUUAUUAGUGCUGAAAUUAAUAUGAAAGUUUUGUGCACAAUUAACACUCACAGUAAGGCUGUGAUAUGAACAGUGGAGGCCUACAUUAGGAAUUGAAGUUUGUGCACUUUACAGACCCGCAUGAGCUUGCGUAUGAUGGACGAUGUAAGCCUAUAGUAGGCUUGAGGCCCAGUACUUCAGCUGAAGCCCUCUGAGCAGGCAGGGGCUUAGAGCCUGCAUCCUAGCCUAGCUUUGGUUUGUGGCCCAGGAAGCAGAGCCUGUUGCACAGGGUCAAGCCUGCACAAUCGCUAAGCUUAACUAGAUCACCUUAAUAAGCAAAAUGCCAGUCGUUUUUCUUUUUUUCUUUUUUUCAUUCAAAGUUACUGUGUGUUUUAAUGGGGAGGAAAAAAAACUGAUCAAAUGAAGGACAAACUGAAGUUGGGAGAUAGCAGCAGUCAUCCUUACCAGUCAUUCAUUAAACUCAUUGGCCAAGAUGAUGUGAAAUAGCUGAGGUGUGGACACAGAACGCCUCUUGUAGUUUGGGGGAUAUGGCUUUUGUCUUUGCUCAGCUCUUUCACUUUGGCAUUUUAAGCCAGAGAAAUCUCAUGAUUAUCUCUGAAAACACUGUUGAUUCUUUUGAAUCUGGUGGGGCAGGGGGGUGGGUUGUUGUACUGUAUAUGCUCUUAUCGCAGAUAUGACAGUGUAUAAAUUAUGGGUGGGUUUUCUGAUUCAGUGGCCAGCCUAGAUGUCUCCAAAAAUUGGGAUGGGGCCACUGAGUUAGAUGGGCACUUGGCUUUUCAUGGUAUAGUCUUUUAAAUAAUAAUGAAAACCCAGGUCAUCUUACACCCCUUCAAGGAAGGAGCCUAUUAGGUAGUUAGUUCUGAUGCAUGGCCCUGUUCAUUCUUCAUUAAGGACUCUGUGCAGGGAAAUGCAAGCAUGCUGUGUAUCUAACAGUCUUUCUUGACCUGACAGACAGUGAGGGGGUGAAGCUGAGAUGACUACUAGAGACACCAGUACUGUAGUUAUUUAACAAAAGCAAUAAAUUAUUUUAACUUUAAAUAAAAAUGGCAUUCAGGAAAGCAUUUUAUUUAAAAAAAAAAAAAAAAAAAAAAAAAAGCUGUACGUUUUACUUCCUGUUGGCAAAAUUAUGCAACAAGUCGCCAUUUGCUGUCUGUAAAACUGCCGAGGAGGAGAGGGGAAUAGUGAACAGUGCAGUAGGCGGGGCUAGUCUUUGUGGGUGUGGCCACUGUAGGCACAGAGCACAUCUGGCCCACAGGCAUUCCGAGUCAGUCCACUCAAGGAGACUGACUGACUAGUGGAGGAAGGACUGAAGAGGCACAGCUGAGCAGUUUGAUCACUUUUUUGUUUUGUUUUUGUUUUUGUUUUAUGGAACUGUUUUUUUUUGUAUUUUUUAAAGAGAAAAAAACAGUGAACUGUUUUACAAUCUGACAAUUGUCAUCAGCAAAACUGUAACAACUGAUUGUUUUGUCCCUGAGAUUUCAUUUUAAAAUUCCUAAUAAAUUAUUGUAAAAUUC